GCAACGUUGAUUCGUUGACGAGGAAAAACAUAUUGAUUGUAAUCGUGAUGAAAAAGGGAGCAUUAAUAAAAUAUUGGUUGUAGAUUUAGUAUCUGGAGUUAUGUUAUUCAAUAGAACAAAAAUGUCGAAAUGGAACUUUUGUUGACUUUAUUAUCAGAAAGAGGUUUCGUGCCAACAAGUUUCUGAAUCAGAAUGGAGAACUAGAAUGCUAUAAAUGCUUGAUCUAUUGUAUGUGUGCAAGACAUGAACAUCUAACACACUUGCGUGUAGAACAGGAAAGAGAAGAUACAAAAUGGGUGCUUCGCAAUCAAUCUCAGAAAAUUCAAUCCAUGAAUUCACUGUUAAGGAUGCCAGGGGCAAAGAUGUGAACCUCAACGCCUAUAGGGGGAAAGUUCUUCUUGUAAUUAACGUCGCUUCAAAAUGUGCAUUUGCGGAUGCCAAUUACACCCAAUUGACUCAGCUUUACAGCACAUACAAGAACAGAGGUCUUGAGAUAUUGGCAUUUCCAUGCAACCAGUUUUUGAAGAAAGAGCCAGGGACUAGUCAGGAGGCACAAGACUUUGCUUGUACAAGAUAUAAGGCUGAGUACCCCAUUUUUGGGAAGAUUCGUGUGAACGGAUCAGAUACAGCAGCAGUGUACAAAUUCCUGAAAGCGCAGAAAGCAGGAUGUUUGGGGUCUAAAAGAAUAAAAUGGAAUUUCACAAAGUUUUUAGUCGAUGAGGAAGGUCGUGUCAUCUCCCGUUAUAGUCCAACCACCAAACCCUUCGCCAUUGAAAAUGACAUCAAGAAGGCAUUGCGGGUGGCUUGAAACACUCUACAAUUAUAUCUCCAACCAUUGGACGUGUUGAAGAUAUCUGAAAAAAGAAGAAGCAGCAGAAGAAAAUAUUAUGUGAUUCAUGUUUAUUAUAGUCAUUAUUUCACGCAUAUUUAUGUCCGUCGUCCUAUAUAUUUGUGCUGUUGUAUUUAAUUUAUUUUCAUCUUUCAAUUAUUUUGUUCAAGUUGAUUUCAAAGAAAUUCAUUUUAUCUGUUUUAUCAAGUAAACACAAGUUACUAUGGGCUUGUACAACAAAAACUUGAGGUGAAAAAUACAAAGUGAU